UCAAAGAAAAAAAACUUUCAUAAACAACAUGGCUCCAACACUUUCACCUCCUUUGCCACCUUGACUUCCACACCAUAACAUUAAAAGACAGGAGGAGGAUAUGGCCUUUCCUCUUCCCUCCCCAUUACGCCUCCUGUCUUAUCUCCUCCUCCUCCUCAUCGCCACCGCCACCGCCACCACCACCUCUUUCGCCGCCACCAUUCAACACGAAGUCGUGCGAAAACCGGUCCCCGACUUCCCCACCUUCCGAGAAGCCCCUGCAUUCCGCAACGGAAAGACAUGCAACAAUGACAGCAUUCACAUUUCCAUGACGUUGGACUCAAACUACCUCAGAGGAACCAUGGCCGCGGUCCUCUCCAUUCUCCAGCACUCCACGUGUCCAGAAAACUUGGAGUUCCAUUUCCUCUGGGCAAGGUUCGAGCACCAGGUCUUCACCACCAUCAAGACCACCUUUCCUUACCUCAGGUUCAAAACUUAUCGCUUCGACUCCAAUAGGGUACGUGGAAAAAUCUCCAAAUCCAUUCGCCAAGCCCUUGACCAGCCUCUCAACUACGCACGAAUCUACCUCUCCGACAUUCUCCCAGGUUACGUGAAACGCGUGAUAUACCUGGACUCUGAUAUCGUGGUUGUGGAUGACAUUGCAAAGCUGUGGGAGGUUGAGUUGGAGGGGAAGGUACUGGCGGCGCCGGAGUAUUGCCAAGCGAAUUUCGUGGUGUAUUUCACGGACUUGUUCUGGAACGACAAGGAGUUAAGUAGGACGUUCGAGGGAAGGAAGCCCUGCUAUUUCAACACGGGGGUGAUGGUGAUGGACGUGGAGAAAUGGAGGGAGGGGAAGUACAGGGAGAAGAUGGAGGCAUGGAUGAUGGUGCAGAAGCAGAAGAGGAUCUACCACUUGGGUUCUCUGCCUCCUUUUCUUCUGGUUCUGGCUGGGGAGUUGAAGAGUGUGAACCACAGGUGGAAUCAGCAUGGGUUGGGAGGUGAUAACCUUGAAGGCAGGUGCAGGAGUCUUCAUCCUGGGCCUAUCAGUUUGCUCCAUUGGAGUGGCAAAGGGAAGCCAUGGUUGAGGUUGGACUCCAGAAGGCCUUGCUUUGUUGAUCAUCUCUGGGAACCCUAUGAUCUCUAUCGUCCCAAUACUCAUGCUUUUGAAUGAAAAUCAUGAUCAACUUCUUGGGGGAAGGUAGGACAAAUUACU